CUCCCCGCACCAGGGAGUUGACAACCUUGUCCGCACCCGUACAAACACGGCGGAGAGAAUUUGGGGAAGGGGAGCAGACAAUACAUUGUUCUCAGUGGUUGAUAAAGAGGUUUGGAAAUAGGCCUAAAGUUGAGGGGAUGGGGGAGGAAGGGCGGUCGACUUACUCCCAUAUAUUCUGGUUUUGAGAGAAAGAUACAAAUGCAUUCAGACCACGCAAGUGUUUUCAUCAUCUCCAAGUCCAAAUAUAUGUUACUGCGCCCUCAACAUACCAAACUCCUUGUUUACGUACACAACACCAGUACGGGAGAAAAGUCCACGAUACACGUUUUACAUCGACAGACGAUUCUCCUUCCAGCUGAAUUAGGUCUAGGCCUAGCUACAGGAUUUUACAAGCUUUCACGUUAGUACUGUAGUAACUGACGAAAUCAUGGAUACUCAUCCACAAGAUGCCGUACGAAUUGGCGAAAUCGAUGGCUUCUUGUCAUUUUUAAAAAACAUUGAUUGGAGUGAACCAUGGAUAAUAUGCUUGCUAUCAUUACACAUGCUGUUUUUUAUUAUCUUGAUUUUAACAAGACAUUAUAAUAAUUUUCAAAUUGUUCUUUUUCUCUUUAUGUUGGGUCUUAUUUACUGUUCAGAAUACAUUAAUGAGUUUGCUGCCAAGAAUUAUAAAUCUUUCUCAAGACUUCAGUACUUCGAUUCUAAUGGUCUGUUUAUAACAGUGGUAUUUUCUGUGCCUCUCCUCAUCAACUCUCUUAUCCUGGUGUCUAUAUGGCUGUACCAAACAGGGAGUUUAUUAAUCAGUGUAAAGAGAGCGAAGUUAUUAUCAAAGCAAGCUUCAGUUAAAAAAAGUAAAUGAGCCUCUGUCAGGAUCAACCAAUCAGCAAGCUUAUAACAAAAGGGUAGGAGGUGCUAAUCAAAAGUACUAAUACAUUCCUUUGAAAGAGAACUAAAUUUACUAUCUAUCUGUAAAACCAUAUCACAUGGCUUUUCCUCAAUGGAUUACAGAGAUUGAAGUUUAAAACAGAAAUAACUUUUAUCGUAUUACUUAAGAUCUAUAGUUUUAUGUUAAGGGUAUAUUACUUAAGAUCUAUGGUUUUAUGUUAAUGGUACUUAUUAACGUAAAGUGUACUUAUCUCUCAUAUAAAAAUAAUUAGUUCUAAGAGGAUAGAGUGCAGAGGUUUAACCAUUACACAAUAGAACUCAACUUUGGGAAGCUCAGAGGGGGUUUUUUUUGGGUCUAUAUUUGUAUUUUGUUAAUUGAUGAGUUAAACAGAAAAAUUGCAUUGAACCAAGUAGUUCUGGUAACUACCCUGUAUUUGGAAAUACUUUUAUGAGGAGAUAAGACAAAUGAUAUUUGCAUUAACCUAAUAUUUUAAUUACCAGUUUAUUAGUUUAAAAAAUAUGUAGAAUUAUACUUUAUUAGCACACCUUUGCUACAUAGGCUUUGCCUUGACCAAGUUUGUUGGAGUUCCAAGCGUGAAAAAUGACCAAAAUGCUGCGUAGAAAAACAGGGUUAGAGAAAAUAAAAAUCAAAGCAUAAACAAUCUUUUACACUAUAACUGAAAAAACCCAAUAAAAAUAUAAAAUAUUCUUUGUAACGUAGAUAUUAUGGUGACAAUAUAUUGUAUUCAGUGUUUUUGUUCCUCAACACAGUUAAAUUCUUCAUAUCAUCAAGAGGUACUUGUACACGACAUCAGAAGCUAAAAUCCAAUAUCAUAGCACGCAAUAGUACUUCAGAAGGCCUUUUUGCUACAUGUAGGUGCAGUGGCAUACGUAUCUAGGGGGCUGAUAGGGCAUGAAAGUAGAGUUGGUGGGGGUGCUCGAUGAUUAGGUAAGGGGGAACUAGCUCAUAAAAUAAGUUGAUUUGAGGUGAUUUUUAACUACUUGACAGUAAUUUCUGGGAGGGUGCGAGUAUUUUUUUUGGGGGGGGGGAUGCAUCUUGCGCACCCCCUAGAUAUGUCAUUGUGUAACUGCAAGUGAAUGGCGGUGAUUUACAUCCACUCUAUCUUGUACUAUGCAGUCUGUGACUAGUAGACACAGCUAAAAUUUUUCAUUCAAAGAAGUUGCAAUAAGAAAUGCUACGAGUAAAAUGAAAAGUGUUUGGUUUUCACUUUAUUAAACACCUGCACCAUUGA